GUGAGUGAAGUGAAGAAGGAAGGAAAAAAAAAAACGUAGAAUGUAGAAUGGAGAAUCGUGAGAGAAGUGGAAGGAUCGUAGAGUUCGCAUGUCACAAUUUGCAGUUGGCGGAAUAUAAUAUAUUAUGGUGUGUGGGCAUUGGAUGCUGUAACUGUAACUACAGUUUUGCCAAAGUGUUUCCUUGGUCUGAUAAUUUGAUGGAAAAGAUAGGUGCUGAGCUUCAAAGUGAUGCUGAUUUUGUGUCAGAUCCUGCUCAGACAUGUUCUGGAAAUGAAAAAGGUGAGAAUGCCUCCUUGAUUAUGAUUCCCCAAUCCAGAAAACCUACCCUCUCCUCGCUGCAAAUACCAGCAUGGUCACUGGAUAUUGCAUUAUCUUCUUUUGCAAAGACGGAUGGUCCUUCAGUUUCAAUGUCAAGUCCUGGUUCCAUUAGAGGACUUCCCCCAAGGCCAAAUUCAGCUAAAGUCAGAUCUUCCAUGAGAAGUUUACUUCCCCAGAGAAGCUUCAGGACAAAAACUUGUUCCCCUGAUACUGAAAGGACAGUUCUUGUAGUUCCUGAUACUCCCCCAUCAGAUGCUCCUUUGGAUAAACCUUCCACUUCGAGGUCGUUGUUGCUUAAUAAUAAGGUCUUCUUCUCCCCAUCAGCAAAAGCUGCACAUUCAUUACCAGUUACUCCAAUUGCAACUUCAGGUGCAGAGAAUGUACACGGAAGACAUCCACUGUGUGAUUCUGGUUUAAGGACAAUGGAAGUUCAGCAGCAUAUGACUCGAUCAUUUUCAGUUCCAGUUAAUGGCAAAGCCACUAAGUUAAAGCGUACAGAUUCUAGGGGACUGAUUCGUGUAAUUUCAGCAAAACCACAUCUUGAAACUGUUGGUGGAGCCUCAACUGAUGAUGCUUCGGUUCCAGAGAUUGCCAUUGAAGAUGAUACUGAGGAUAUUCCAGAGGAAGAAGCAGUUUGUAGGAUUUGUUUGGUGGAGCUUGGGGAAGGAGGGAUUACUCUUAAGAUGGAAUGCAGUUGUAAAGGUGAUCUUGCACUUGCUCACCAAGACUGUGCUGUAAAGUGGUUUAGUAUUAAAGGAAACAGAACCUGUGAUGUCUGCAAGCAGGAAGUCCAAAACCUCCCAGUAACACUGUUGAAAAUUUAUAAUCCUCAAACUGCUGCUAGGCAGCCAUCAAAUGUGCCACAACAGAGAGAAAUAGCUUAUUACAGGAUCUGGCAGGAUGUACCAGUGCUUAUCUUGGUCAGCAUGCUUGCUUACUUUUGCUUUCUAGAGCAACUACUGGUUUCAGAUUUGGGUCCUCGUGCUAUUGCCAUUGCAUUACCUUUCUCCUGCGUUUUAGGUUUCCUUUCCUCUAUGAUUGCGUCAACCAUGGUGAGCAGGAGCUACGUGUGGGCUUAUGCUUGCUUCCAGUUUGCAAUUCUGAUCAUGUUUGCUCAUGUAUUUUAUACUAUUCUUGAUUUCAAUGCAAUUCUCUCCAUUCUCCUUUCCUCAUUCACUGGAUUUGGGAUUGCAAUCAGUAUGAAUUCUCUCAUCAUGGAAUAUAUUAGAUGGAGAGCAAGUAGGCAGAUUCGAUCUUCAAAUGAGAAUGUUAACAGGACAGAGCAGCAGCGCCGUGACCAUGUACAACAACAGGAGCAGGAAGAUCAAGGACAGCAUCAUCAAUGACAGUUACUCCUCCCACAACAGUUUAAACAACUAAUUCAGAAUUUUGUUCUCUUCAUUUAUUUUACCUAAUUUUCCAUGCUACAAAUACAAGGAUUUACACUCACUGGUGUGAACCAAGGUAUUUGAAUGCACCGUUAAAUACAGUUAAACGUUACUUUCAUAUUCUCUUUCCUUUUCCUGACAAACUAUACUGUAAACUUAAUUCUACCCUAUCAGUGAAAG